GGUAGCCUACCUCAGAACGAGAACAAACCAGAGAGCUUGAUAAAGUGGAUGUUUAAUCUAUAAACCCUACAAAAGCGUCCUAAAGUUUACCAGCGCUAUUCAACACCAAGUGUUGCAGUGCAGCAAGUGAACCUUAUUACAGAACGGAGAGAUUUUGAGUAGUUCAUCCCAGUCCUGUAGUCAGCAUGAGCACCAGCACUCAAACACACCAGCAAACUGAUCCCGCCAGUAACCAGCUUGGAAACAGCUCAGACUGUUCACCUUUAGGGCCCAUGACAAACCUUUUGGAGCAGGAUGUUGGCGAAGGAUUGUCAGAGAAAAAGAGCAUUGAGAAGGUUCUGGCAGGUGUGGAAUUGGCCCCAGCCCAAUCCCUAUGGACUACAGAAGCCAGUGGAUCAGUUCAACUGAGAAUAGAUGAACUUUGCCCAGAACAGCCCAUCACUGUAUAUCAGAUGUUUACCAACUCAGUUCAGAAGUAUGGGAAGCUGACUGCUUUGGCAACCAAAAGAGGAAACGAAUGGGAAAAAGUGACCUUUUCGGAAUAUUAUCACCUCAGUCGAAUGGCCGCCAAAAGCUUUCUAAAGCUUGGUCUGGAGCGGUUCCACAGUGUAGCCAUCCUGGGAUUUAACUCUGCGGAGUGGUUUAUCGCUGCUAUUGGAACUGUGUUUGCAGGGGGCAUAAUGGCAGGGAUCUAUACCACAAACUCACCAGAUGCCUGCCUCUAUGUCGCUAAUGACUCAAGAGCCAAUGUCAUUGUUGUGGAAAAUCAAAAGCAGCUGGAUAAGAUUUUACAGGUAAGGGAUAAGCUGCCACACUUAAAAGCCAUAGUACAGUAUUCUGGAUCUUUGAAGGAGAAGAUGCCCAAUCUCUAUUCGUGGGAAGAGUUCAUGGGACUAGGACUGGAAAUCUCUGAUCAAGAACUAGAUGAAGUCAUCAGUAACCAGAAAGCCAAUCAGUGCUGCGUACUUAUUUACACAUCUGGAACAACCGGAUCACCCAAAGGAGUGAUGUUAAGCCAUGACAACAUCACAUGGACAGCCCAUCAUGCAAGCAGGGCUGGAGAUAUGGAGUCAGCUGAAAUAAGGCAAGAGUCUCUGGUCAGCUACCUUCCUCUCAGCCAUAUUGCUGCCCAAAUCUACGAUCUCUGGACAGGGAUCCAGUGGGGGGAGCAGGUUUUCUUUGCUCAGCCAGAUGCUCUAAAGGGGAGUUUGGUAGACACCCUUCGAGAGGUAAACCCUACGGCCCACAUGGGCGUCCCUCGUGUUUGGGAGAAAAUUAUGGAAAAGAUAAAAGAAGGCAUAUCACAGUGUGGAUACAUGAAAAGGAAACUGGUGACAUGGGCCAUGUCUGUUAGUCUGGAGGCUAAUAAAAGGCUUACCAAGGAUGAGGAGAAGUCAUUCCUCUUCACUCUUGCUGACAGCUUGGUCUUACAAAAGCUUCGUGCCGAGCUGGGCUUCUCCAGUUGUGUGAAAUUCUUUUCGGGAGCUGCGCCUAUUGGAAGCGAAACCCUUCAGUUCUUCCUCGGUCUCAACAUUCGACUGUAUGAAGCUUACGGGAUGAGUGAAAGCUCAGGACCCCACUUUAUGUCUGGACCGAAAGUGUUCCGCUUUUUAAGCUGUGGUAAGGUGGUUCCAGGCUGCAGAUACAAACUAGUAAACAUAGAUGCUGACGGAAUUGGAGAAGUGUGUUUUUGGGGCCGAAAUGUCUUCAUGGGCUUCCUCAACCUAGAGCAUAAAACAAAGGAGGCUUUGGAUGAAGAUGGAUGGCUCCACUCUGGAGACUUGGGAAAGGUAGAUGAAGAUGGCUUUCUUUACAUUGCCGGAAGAAUAAAAGAGCUCAUUAUCACUGCCGGAGGAGAAAACGUUCCCCCACUUCCCAUAGAGGAUGCAGUAAAACAGCAGUUGCCAAUCAUCAGCAAUGCUAUGCUAAUCGGAGACAAAAUGAAAUUUCUGUCCAUGCUGCUAACGCUAAAGUGCACAAUCAAUCCAGAGACCACAGAGUCUACAGACAUUCUUAGCUUGGAGGCUGUGGAAUACUGUCAGCGACUUGGUAGCCGAUCGACAAAAGUAUCAGACAUCAUUGGAGGAAAAGACAAGCUAGUGUACCAGUCCAUUGAAGAGGGUAUUGCACAGGUCAAUUCAAAAGCAACCUCAAACGCACAACGCAUACAAAAGUGGACCAUAUUAGGGAAAGAUUUCUCAAUUGUUGGAGGAGAACUAGGCCCUACAAUGAAACUACGUCGCCCAGUGGUGUUGCAGAAGUAUCACAGUGAAAUACAGAGUUUUUACAGAGAAUAGAAGACCUCCAGACUGGCUGUAUCUCUAUCAAAGAUACUGUUGCUUUUUGCCAAGACAGAUUGCAGGAACAUGUUUUUUUUAUUUAUUUAACAACAUAAUUUACUCCUAUUUUUUAAUGACUAUUUUUAAACAUACUGUUAAUUGUCUUACAGUGUUAGUUUGAUGUUAUAUUACGUUUAAUAUUCCUGUAUGUUUUGAUCAGAUCUUAAAAAUAAAACUUGCUUGCUUUGUGGAUAUACUGUAUAUGGCAAUGUCUCAUCUUUAUCCAGUGUGAUAAUGAUCGUAUAAAUGUGCUCUGUAAAAAUUAAGACAUAGGCUGAUUUGCCCAUAAAAAAUAGACGUAUAUAUUCCGACCACAGUCAUGUCUUGAUGGUACAGUCAUUUCACAAUUGACACUGCAAAGGUCAACAGCUGUUUGAACUAUAUCAAUUGUUAACCAUAAUGCAAAGUUCAUAGCUGAUGUAAAAGCUCAAGCUAAAAAAAUUUGAAACAUCUAUUCACUCUUUUUUUAACGGAUUUAACACACUUUAAAGAGAAAAAAACGUAUGUAUUUCAGCCCCUAAUACUUGGACAAGAGUAUUCCUGUCAUGUGACAGAAAGGCAAGUUGUCAAUAUUUAACCAGAGAAAAUGUCCAGUCAAUAAAUACGGUUUAUCUUA